CGAGCACCCCAAGCCUGGCUGCUACUCGUACAGCUCCUUACCCCGCUCCUACAAGAGCCAGGGCCUGGUGAAGGACAGCGACCAGUACGUCUUCAUGAACUCCCCAGGGAGGACGAUCCCGGAGGAGGCGGUGUGUGGAGCGGGCCAGUCCCCCACCAGCACCUUUGCCCCCUCCAGCCACACGGUGCCUUCACCCCUGCGGCACAGCCGGACCGAGAGCUUCCUGAGCCAGCGGUGCCAGCGGGCAGCCCGGCCCAGCCGCCUCUCUUUGGAGACCUUGCGGACGAUGCUGCCCCGCAUGAACGAGCACCCUCUGCCACCCGAACCCAAGAGCCCCGGCGAAUACAUCAACAUUGACUUCGGGGAUGCUGCCGUCUAUUCUCCCCCCUCGCUGCCUGCCGACAGCCCAGCCUCCUCCCUGGGUUCGGGCACGGGGCAGAGGCGCUCCCCUCUCUCUGACUACAUGAACAUUGACUUUGGCUCACAGUCGCCCUCCCAGUCGGGCACGGUCUCGGUGGGCUCCCUGGAAGCCCUCUCGCCAGGCUCUUCCUCCAGCACCAGCCAGCCCGAGGGGCGCUACCUGAAGGCGGCUGUGGGGGUGGCUUGUUUGUCCAGCCCGUCCGACAGUGGGGAUUACACCGAGAUGACCUUUGGGAUGGCCACCACCCCACCCCAGCCCAUCGUUCAGAAGCCAGAAAGUGCCCGGGUCACCAGCCCCACGGCUGGGGUGAAGAGGCUCACCCUCUCCGGGGUGGAGGCUUUCAUUCUCUCCAGCCCUCCCCCAGACCCGAACCGGGGGGCCAAGGUCAUCCGGGCAGAUCCCCAGGGGCGCAGGAGGCACAGCUCGGAAACUUUCUCCUCCACCACCACUGUGACCCCUGUGUCCCCCUCCUUCGCACACAACCCCAAACGGCACAACUCGGCCUCGGUGGAGAACGUGUCCCUCAGGAAAAGCGAAGGCCUGGAGGAGGAGCAGGGUAGCAGCCCCAUGUGCCGGGAGACCUCGGCUGGCUUCCAGAAUGGCCUCAACUACAUUGCCAUCGACGUGAUGGACAGGACCCUGGCAAACUGUGAUAAAGCCAGGCACGUCCUGAACGGAGGCAUCAACGGAGCGGAGAUGAGCGCCUACGCCAGCAUAGACUUUCUGUCUCAUAACCUGAAAGAAGCGAGUGCUGUGAAAG